ACACAACCAAUGACUAUAACCUCUACGUUCGAGGGAAUGCUACGAUUAGCAACUACUUCAAAGACUGCUCAGUACGGGAGCAAACGCUACGAUCUAUGACAGUAUCAAACACAAUUGUAUCAGGUACGCUCGGGAUGGUUCACCGUGCAGGAGACCAGAGUGCAGGGCCAGGUGGAGGAGAGCAACGGAGGCAGUGGAUGAAUGGAAAGCUGUGUGAUGGUCUGGGAAGAUGUCCUCUCUUGCAGAGAUGAAGACUGGAGUCCGGUGCAGAUGGUGGAGUCCUGACUGGUUCCAGUAAACAGAUCACCUGUCUGAGUGGACUGGAAACUUUCUUCUUCUUCUUCUUCAGAGCUUUGAAUAAAGUAGUGACGGCAGCCUGCAGACACAGAGGAGGAUUUUCUCUCAGACCUGGUCCAGACAGCAGAGAGCUGCAGAGGAAGAAGCUGAGGAGCCACCAUGACGUCAGAGCUCCUCAAAAACAUCCUGGAUGAGCUGGAUGAUGAUGAAACUGUUCCGGUACCAGAACCACAUCCCAUCAGAUAUUACCAACAGAAGCUUCAGUCAAACUUCCAGGACACGUUUAAGGUUACAACAGAGGGGUGGGCAGCAGAUAAGCAGCUUCUGGUUGAUAUCUACACUGAGCUGUACAUCAUUGCUGGCCAAGACGUGCACAUCAACACACAGCAUGAGGUCCUACAGAUUGACAAGGUGUGGAAGCCAUCAGACACAGAGACACGGAUCGAACCCAGAGACAUUUUCAAGCAUCCUUCUGGAAAAGACAUACCCAUCAGAACAGUGCUGACCAAUGGGAUUGCAGGGAUUGGAAAGACAUUCCUUGUGCACAAGUUUGUGUUGGACUGGGCCGAAGAGAGAACCAAUCAAGACGUGCAUCUUAUUUUCCCAUUCACUUUCCGUGCCCUGAAUUCACUGCAGGGAAAAAAGUUUCGUUUGGCAGAGCUCAUUCAUUUCUGUAUCCCAGAAACUGAAGACAUCACAGAGGAGGCUCUGAAUUACAUCUUUACAGCUCUGCAGUCAUCAGGAAACAGCAGCUACAAGAAGAGCAGAUUCAAACUGCUGUUUGUGUUUGACGGACUGGAUAUGAAUCGCCUUCAUCUGGACUUUCAUGACAACAUUCGCUCCAUUGACAUAACAAAGUCAAUUAAAAUAGAAGUCCUGCUGAGGGAACUUAUCAGUGGAAACCUGCUGCGCUCAGCUCACCUCUGGAUAACCACACGGCCUGCAGCAGCCAGUCAGAUCCCUCAAAACCUCAUCAACACUACAACAGAGAUCAGAGGGUUCACCGAUCCACAGAAGGAGGAGUACUUCAGGAGGAGAUUCAGAGAUGAGGAGCAGUCCAGCAGCAUCAUCUCCCACAUGAAGACAUCACGAAGCCUCCACAUCAUGUGCCACAUCCCAGUGUUCUGCUGGAUCACUGCUACAGUUCUGGAGGAGCUGCUGAGAAGCAGAGAGGGAGGAGAUCUACCCAGAACCCUGACUGAGAUGUACAUAGAGUUUCUAAGAUUUCAGAUUGAUCACACAAAAGAAAAGUAUGGUCCAGAAAAGAGGAUUCAGUACAUUAAGUCAUUAGCUAAACUGGCUUUUAAACAGCUGCUAAAGGGCAACCUGAUCUUCUAUGAGAAAGAUCUGAGUGAAAGCGGCAUCGAUGUGAGUGAAGCCUCAGUGUACUCAGGAGUGUUCACAGAGGUCUUCAAAGCAGAGCGAAGACAGAAACAGGAAGACAAGAUGUUCUGCUUCAUCCAUCUGAGUGUUCAGGAGUUUCUGGCUGCUCUUCAUGUCCAUCAGACCUUCAUCAACUCUGGAAUCAACCUGCUGGAAGAACAACAAACAACGUCUUGGUGGUCUAAACUGUUGAGACAAAAACCUGAACUUCAACAUCUCCACCAGAGAGCUGUGGAUGUGGCCUUACAGAGUCCAAACGGACACCUGGACUUGUUCCUGCGCUUCCUCCUGGGUCUGUCACUGCCAACCAAUCAGAAUCUCCUACCAGGGCUGCUGACACAGACAGGAAGUAGCUCACAGACCAAUCAGAAAACAGUGGAGUACAUCAAAGAGAAGAUCAGUGAGGAUGUGUCUGGAGAGAGAAGCAUCAAUCUGUUCCACUGUCUGAAUGAACUGAACAAUGUUUCUCUAGUGGAAGAGAUCCAACAGUCCCUGAGAUCAGGACGUCUGUCCACAAAUAAACUGUCUCCUGCUCAGUGGUCAGCUCUUGUCUUCAUCUUACUGUCAUCAGAAGAACAUCUGGACGUGUUUGACCUGAAGAAAUACUCUGCUUCAGAGGAUGUUCUUCUGAGGCUGCUGCCAGUGGUCAAAGCCUCCAAGAAAGUUCUAUUGAGUGACUGUAAUCUGUCAGAGAGAAGCUGUGGAGCUCUGUCCUCAGUCCUCAGCUCCCAGUCCUCCAGUGUGACAGAGCUGGACCUGACUAACAACAACCUGCAUGAUUCAGGAGUGGAGAGUCUUUCUGCUGGACUGGAGAGUCCACACUGUAAACUGGAAGCUCUCAGGCUGUCAGGCUGUCUGGUCACAGAGGAAGGCUGAUGCUUCUCUGGCCUCAGCUCUGAGCUUCAACACCUCAAAUCUGAGAGAGCUGGACCUGAGCUACAACCAUCCAGGAGACUCAGGAGAGGAGAUGCUGAGAGCUAAAGUGGAGGAUCCACACUGUAGACUGGAAAAUCUCAGGGUGACGCCUGCUGGAGUCCGAUGGUUGACACCAGGUCUGAGGAAGUAUUCCUGUCAACUCACAGUCGACACAAACACAGUAAACAAAUUCCUGAAACUGUCUGAUAACAACAGGAAAGUGACAGCUGUGGAGGAGGUUCAGUUGUAUCCUGAUCAUCCAGACAGGUUUGAAUGGUGGCAGCUGCUGUGUAGAACUGGUCUGACUGGUCGCUGUUACUGGGAGGUGGAGUGGAGAGGAAUGGUUCAUGUAUCAGUGAGUUACAGAGGAAUCAGAAGGAAAGGAGACAGUGAUGACUGUCAAUUUGGAUGUAAUGAUCAUUCCUGGAGUCUGAUCUGCUCUGAUCAUGGUUACGCUGUGUGGCACAAGAACAGUCUAACAUCCAUCAGUUCCUCCUCAGUCUCUCACAGAGUUUCAGUUUAUGUGGACGUUGAUGCUGGAACUCUGUCCUUCUACAGAGUCUCCUCUGACUCUCUGAUCCACCUCCACACCUUCAACACCACAUUCACUGAACCUCUCUAUCCUGGAUUUGGGUUCUGGUAUCCUGGUUCCUCAGUAUUUAUGUGCUGAGUUGAGUCUCCAGAGUCUCCUCCUGGUACAGAAACAGUGUUGAACAGAUGGUUGAGUCUCUCCAUGACUCUGUCCCUCACAAACAUGUUUUACAUUCAUGGAUUAAAUGUGUUUCUUUGUCAAAUCCUUCUCAAUGAUUCCUUGUAAACUUGUUCCUCUUCAAAGAUGGAAGUUGUGAUUAUUCCAGGAGCCAAAUGUGGUGUUUGUGUCUUUUUCCAGUCAAAGGUUGAGAGUUAAAUCAGGAUGUGGUGUUCCUCUGACGCUCACUUUAACUAAAAGCAUUUGAGCUGCACAAAGUGUGAAAUGAGAGAGGAAGCAGUGAAUUUACAAACUGCUGACAGACUUUCACACAUUAUUGUCCAGAGAAAAUCAGGUUUUUGUGCAGCCAGAGUUGAUCCUGAUUUUAGCAGACUGAACUGUUUGUGUUUAUUCAUUUUAUUUUCAUUUGACUUUCUAUGACUUUGUUGUCCAACAGAGAUGAUUAUUUUCAUGUCUCAGUAAAUCAUUUUGAAACAAAAAAACUCUCUGUAUUGAACAUUUUAUUUCUGUACUUACUUUGAGCAAUUUGCUUAACAUUUAAUUUUGGAUUUAUUAAUGAGUGUUUCGAAGCCCAUUUCAGCAUCAGUACUUUUGUUGUGUUGAUGUCAGUAAAUCUCAGCUUCGGUAGAAAGUCUUGGUUUGGUGGAACUCUGUCCAUCACACACUGCCACAACUUUUCGGAAUUUUUUUAAAGUUUGAAUUUCCUUCAUUUCCUUUUAUUUCUUUCUAUGUCGCGCCCACUUUAGUUUGUCUGAUGUAGUGAGUCAGUUCAGGUGGUCAGGAUUACUACACAGAUGUGGAAAUGUGUGUACAUUACAAAUAACUUCUAGAUUCUGACAAGUUCUUCUAAUCAGGAUGUUAAAUAUGUUGUUUUUCAGUGCCGUAUGACAUUUUUUCCUUUGUAGAUCCACUGUGAUCUUUAAGUUGUCACAGGGGCGCCGUAUAGACCCUUUAAUGACCCACGUCACGAAUGACGUCACAGCUUUAGCUGGAGGCAAAAGAGGAAGCCCGCGGCCGGAGAGAAAGGCGAAAGACUGAGGGACUAGGCUCUAUCAACUUUUCUAAAAUGUCGUCCUGCUGUGUUUUUGGAUGCCAGAAUAGGAGGAAUGACAUUGGCGAACGCAAAUUAAAGUUUUAUAGGAUUCCACCGAACACUCGUGCUCAGAGGGAACGAAGACAGUUGUGGUUAAAUGCACUGAGGCGAAAAGACUGGACAGAGACGAUCAGCUGCAGUCAAUUCCAGCCAUUUUCAGUACAAAAAAUCGCUAAUAUUCUAUUUGUAAAUAAAAAAUAUUCAAUUCAAUUCAAUUCAGCUUUAUUCCAGACACUGGGUCCAAAUACACACACCAUAAGGACACAACAAGACACAGAAAAAAAUACAAUCAAAAACAAUAACCCGUUAAAUAUGACGAGAAAUACAGGGAAUAUUGGACGCGCAUCACCAGGUGCAUUUCCUUGAAAACGACCGAUUCGUGGAUUAUAUAACGACUUCAAGACAUGUUUUGGACAAAAUAGUUUACUGGCUUGUGUCGUCUGGAUGUCCAAGGUUGGAUUAUGGCCGUUUUUGUGGAAUAUUUUCAUCUGUGUGUAAUAAUGAACCCGCAAAUGUGAGUCGCGCUGUGUACGUUGAAGCCGUGUGUAGAGAAAGGAUGGAUGGAUAUUCGUUGUUUGUCGGACAAAUGUGUUUAUAUCACCCGCUGUGGUAAUCACAUCUGAAAGUGGUUUAUACCGGCGGAUUCAUGAGAAUCUAAGCUUUCCAUUGGCGUAUAGUGUUUGUAUAAUCGUGUCACAGUAUCAGUUGUAUUUUUGUUAGUUUGUAUUUUAGUGCAUGGUUUGGAGUGCUUAUUUUAAUUGUUUAGGUUUUUAUUUUAUAGUUGCAUGGUUUUGUUUGUGGUGGUUAUUUUGUUAUGUUUCUAUUUUGUAGUUGCAUGAGUUUAUUUUGAGUGUGCAUGUUACUGGGUGGAGUGAUUUUUUUUUUUUUCUUUUUUGAGUUGUAAUUAGUGAAGACAGCUGGGACUGAUUUAGCGGAGACCGCGACUGAUUGGACAGAGCUACCUGAGCUGAUGCAGAAAAGAGGGACACAUGUGCAACAGGAAGAGGCGAACAGAGGACUAACAGAGCGCACAAGGGGGAAACCAAGCGGAGGACUAACGGAGCGCACAAGGGGGAAACCAAGCAGAGGAGUAACAGCGCAGCCGUGAGUAGAACUGGGGACAGACGGGGAACCAAGUGGAGCGACACAAGAGUGACCGAGCCAAAGAAACUCCACGCUACAUGCAGUAAGCAGCGCUGGUUCGAGGGGAGAGGACGGAGGCGGACUGAGUCGGGUCGUGGCUGCACGGAGGCAGGAACGGAGGGUUGAAGUGAGCGACGGAUGCCGAGGAGGAUUGAGACAACGCAGAUUCCCAGAUAAGUGAAGGGACGUGAACCAUCCUACCCAGCAGUGGGUGUGUGGUUGGUUGUUUUUAUGGUGUGCCGAAAACUGAGUGACGCUGCAUCUCGUCGGACCAGCCGUGAGGAGGACUCGGAGGUACGGAGGCCAAGGAGGAAGUGUGCGGCUCGUCACUCAUCGCCCUGCGUCGCCUGUUCCCCAGAGAAUAUUCCCUUUGAAGGACUAUCACACCGGCCAAGAUAAGCAUAGCCUCAAAAAGACCCGUGUGCUCUGUUUUAUUGAUCGGAUGCCCCCAACGGGACUGUUUUUUUUUUUUCUAUAGAUUUUAGUAGGAUUUUAGUCUAUUUUUUAAGAGAUUGUUUUUAUCUUGUGUUGUUGGUUUUAAAAUUGAGGAAAUAAAUUUCCUUCAUCCCCCAUUGCAUUUGUGCAUGACUUUUUUUAACAGUGGAAAAUCCAGUCUUUUGACUGCUGGUAACAAGUAUCUGAAUCUGUGCAGUCCAUGUGACAAUCGCGUUUGCAACCUUCGGACAUUCUUUAAAUUCCUGUGCAAGUGUACCGCCGGCGGUACACUUAAGUUUAACGGGUUAAAAAUGCUCGAGUUUGCAGCGCAAACUCCCAGCGCAAACUAUAUACUCCCAGUCCUGCUUGACUUCUCGCUCCGCUUUUGCCUCCAGCAUAAGCCCCGCCCACAAACGUCACAAUGUUUGUAAACAAAUAAAGGGGUGAAAAGUUAGGACAAUUCCAAGGGCCCAUGGAUGACAGGGGCCCCAAAAAAUAUGUAGAAAAAAAUUAAAUUAUUAAACUUAAUAUUAAGCGCAGUAUUUUACUAUUGUGUGUUUAAAAUAUAAUACAGUUCAUAUUCGCUAUGUUUUUAUUGCACUAAAAGUUGAAUAUCCAUUGACAAAAAGAAAACAUCUAUAUUGACUGACCACCCCCCUGUAUCUGCGUGAAAUGGUUUGGUCCGCUUUAGCGUCACUCACUAACGGUGCUUAAUUGCAAUCAGACAGGAGAUGCGCCAAACAGACGUCGCUGCUGUGUGGCCACAAUGUUGUCAAAAAAAACAAAAAUCUGGUUACCAGAAGAGAAAGGAAAGAGAGAGAGAAAAGAAAGGUGUACAAUCUCUGAGCCAGUUUUUCAAUAAGAAAGGUGAGUAGUCUGUGAAUUUAGCCUGUUGGUUUAGGCUAAUGUCCAUGGUGAAAUAAACCAACUAGCUAUAGAUUAGUGUUAGCUUACAUUUUAUCAACAUUUAGUCAGUGCAGGGAAACGUUUAGGAAGGUAUUCAUAUUAAAUCACUGCCCCUGCCCCUUUUAGCAGCUGAUGAUGAUGAGUCAGCAGCACCCCAGUCUCCCCAUACCAUCACCCCUCCCUGCCCCAGUGAAGAAGGUGAGCAACACUGUGCUAAUGACAUUGGCAUGUCAGUAUCAUUGCAGGGAGUCUGUGAGGAUUUAUGUCAAUCUUGCUCUUUUCACCAUUACAAAAAAGAAAAUGAAAUAUUCAUUAAUAACAUAAAUUCCAACAAAUUAUUUUUUUUAUCACAUCAUGAGCAUUAUGAAAUGAUUUAUGAAUAAACAAAUAACCUUCUGUCUGUACUGGAUGAUACAAAUCACCAGUAGUAAAUCUUGCUAGUACUAGUAUAGAACUACAAGAAGAAAGACAGUUGCAAGCCUUUAAUUAGAGUCAUGUAAAGCUUUGAUGGGACAGUUAGGUCCUAGAGAUGUGGUAACAACGGUAGCGCAGCAGCACAGAGGGGGCACCCCUGAGUUGUCAUGCUCAUGUGUAAAUGAAACUGAAGCAUAAUUUUGUUGAAACUUGCUUAACUCAGAUUUCAGGCUGUUCAUAACAUGUUUUGUAAAAGGAGAGUUCAAUAAAUGUGAAUAUUAAAAAAAGUGUUUUCUGUAUUUCUGUUCCAUAAACAGACCAGAAUGAU